CUCUCCUCAAAAAGCUGAAGUCCCCCCGUUUCAACUUUACCAGUUGAUACAUCUUCCACAUCAACAUCCUCAACUGAGGAGAACAUCCCCCAAAAUGGACUGGCCAUACCAGUUCCUCGACCUCUCCCAAGCCGAGAAGCAUGCCCGCCGCCAGUCUCUCGACAGAUAUGCUCUCUACGCUCAGCUUUCGGCCUUGAUCCCCAUCGGCCUAGUGUGGCUUUACCAGACCCUCAACAAAUCCUCCUCGUCUCGAAAGAGGGACUACACCGCGGUCCCCAGCUCCGACUCCUUCAACACCCGGAAGCAAAGCAAUUGGUGGUCCAAGCUGCGCUGGUGGCUCGGCGAGGAUGUCGUCGCCUUCGAGGAAGUCCUAGGUCAACGAGACCAAUGGGUAGGCGGCAUCACCUGGGCAGCCUGGCUGUUGAUCCUCUGCGUAGCCGGCACCAGCCGUGAUUACAUGCACUUGACCAAGCGCUUCGGCAUCAUCGCCGUCUCCCAAUACCCUCUGCAGUACAUGUUAACCCUCAAGUCCUUCAACCCCGUCUCCUGGACGCUCAAGCUCUCGCACGAGGAAACCAACCGGUGGCACCGCGUGCUCGCCCGCGUCACCACCUUCCUGCUCAGCCUGCACACCCUCUUCUACUACAACUACUUCAUCCAGAACCACAUCCUCCUGGCCAAAAUACAGUCGCCCGUGGUCAUCUACGGCAUGCUCUCCUUCUUCGGCCUGAACCUGAUGAUCACCACGGCCCUGCGUCCGCUCCGCAAGCUCUCGUACCGCGUCUUCUUCGUCACCCACGUGCUCAUCGCCUUGGGUUUGCCGGUCGUCCUCUGGUUCCACGCCGCUUCCUCUCGCAAAUACAUGCUCGAGGCGUUGGGAGUCUUUUUGGUGGACAUCGGCUUCCGCAAGCGCGACACCAUCACUGUGGAAACCACCAUCUCGGCCAUCCCUGGCACCUCUUUGAUAAAAAUCCAGGUGCCCGUCCCCCGCCAGCGUCAGAACCACUUCCUUCGUGUGGCACCGGGCGCCCAUGUCUACGUUAACGUGCCGCCUGCCACUCGCAGUGCCUUCCGCAGGAAGGACGUCAAGGCGGCUAAUGAUGCUGCUGAGGUCCUGUUUGAGUUCAUGUUCAACCCGUUCACCAUUGCGCAUGUGGAUCAAGACUCUGGAGCGCUCACGCUUGUGGCGAGACAGCGUGCGGGGCCGAUGACUACCGCUCUUGCUCGCUUCGCCUCUUCCUCUUCCUCAUCUCCUUCCGCACAGGAAAAGCAAGCCCUCCUCAACAUCGAAGGUCCCUACGGCGCCGCCAAACACUUCCCCUCUCUAUCCCUCGGUUCGGAGUUUGAUCGCAUUUUGCUCAUCGCCGGCGGCGUCGGCGCCACUUUUACCAUUCCUCUUUACCGCGCCAUUGUGGCCGAGAACCCGGAGACCAAGGUGGAAAUGGUCUGGGCGGUGCGCACGGCGGGGGAAGCCACGUGGGCGGUUACCGAAAAUGAUGCUAGGGACAUUUUGAAUGAUCCGAAUGUGCAUAUUUACUUGACUGGGAACAACGGGUCUGCACAGGAAUCUGCUGCUGGUGGAGUUAGUAGUGGGGUUGGUUCGGGUGAGAACUCGCCGUUGAUUAAUCUCGGGGGAGAUGGUGCUGUUGCUGUUGAGAUGAAUACGCUGAGGAGGACGGCGGAUGGAAGGGUGGUUGCUGGAAAGGAGCACCAUCGGAGGAGACCGGAUUUGAAAAAGGUGGUUGAUGAGGUCUUUGGGCAUGAACCGGAGGAGCGCGUGGCGAUUCUGGUUUGUGGACCGGCUAAGAUGGGGAAGCAGGUGAGGAAGCAGGUUGGGAGGUAUGUGAGGCAGGGGAGGGAGGUGUGGUUCCAUAAUGAGGGUUUUGGGUUUUAGAGAGUGUAGAGAUGUAGAUAUCUUUUUGAUAAUGUUUAACAGUCGAUAAGCCUGUUA